GCUCGCUGCCUCGCGCUCACACUGCACGCAUACGUUUUUUGUAACUCUCCAACGACGGAUGAAGACAUUUUCUCCACGGGGAAAGGAGAGAAUGUUAUUCUACUCCUUCAGUUUUAAUCAGUCUCCGAGCAUGUGUUUACUGGUGGAAAUAAUUUCCUAACAAUAUCAAACGGGGGUAAAGUUCUCCUGUUUAAUGGUGCCUCAGGGGACAAGUAGAUGGUAUUCCUGGUCAGUGGAUGUAUUUAGUUGCCUGCCGCCGCGCCGCUUGCCGCGCUGCAGCGAGCACGCGUGUGAUCGCAGGCGCAGCUACAGCGCGUGACGUCACCGCUCCGCACACCGCAUACCUGAGGAGCGCCGCCGACGCAGCGCCCCGCCGCCCGCGAGCAGUCAGAGGCCCGCGCUCCGCCAGCCGCGCAUGCCUCCCGACAGAUUUGUUAUUCUGUUUGUUUGUCGCUACACGCCGCGGCCCGGUGUCGGAUCGCGGAUGGAUACAGUGUUGAGGAUUGUACGGAUUGCCAGCGGCUGCACGAGGUCUACUUGAGAAGGAAAGCUAUUUGUACGCAGGCGACAUGUCCAGUCCCGAUCUACAAGCGACGCCAGGCGCGGUGGAGCUGCGCGAGGACGUGCCGCUGCAGGCGGGCGCGCGCGCGGCGCGGCGCUGCGGCGGGCCGCGCCUCGUGCUCGGCGCCUUCGCCGCGCUCACGCUGGCCGUCACGGCGGCGCUGCUGACGCAGAUACACUACGGGGACUACGAGGUGGUGCCGCACGGCGCGGUGUCGGCGGGCGCGGCGUGCUCGGAGCCCGGCGCGGCGGCUCUGCGCGCGGGCGGGCGCGCCGCCGACGCCGCCGCCGCCGCCGCGCUGUGCCUGGCCGUGCUGGCGCCGCAUCGCACGUCGCUGGACGCAAGCGGGGCAUUGCUCUACUGGGACUACAGGGCCUCCCGCACGCAGGCGCCCGCGGUCGCGGAGUGGGGCGGCGAGCCGGACGAGCGCGCGGGCCGGCCGCCGCGCCUGCUGCUGGCGCUGGCGGCGCUGCACGCGCGCUUCGGCGCGCUGCCCUGGGCCGACGCGCUGCGCCCGGCGGCGGCGCUGGCCAGGGCGGGCUACCCGGUGUCGGCGGCGCUGGCGGCGGCGGCGGCGGCGCGCGGGCGCGGCGGCUACGCGGCGGGCGCGCGGCGCGCCGAGCCCGCGCUGGCGGCCUACCUGGAGGCGCUGCAGAGCAACACGAGCAGCGAGCUGUGCGCGGCGUGGCGGUGCGCCAGCGGCGUGCGUUGGUCGCUGGGCGGCGCGGAGCGCGCGGGCGCGUGGCGCGUGUGGGCGGCGGGCGCGGGCGCGCGCGCGCUGCCGGCGCUGCGGGCCGCGCUGGCCAACCUCACCGCCCUGCACAGCGCGCUGGCCGGCAUGGCGCAGGCGGACGGCGGCGCGGCGGCGCCCGGCGGCGUGGCGAGCGGGCUGGCCGUCGUGGACCCGCGGGACACCUACGCGGCGCUCGUCACCGGCCUUUCGACGCCUUUCGGCUCCUCUGUGGACUCGACGACGGACUCGGCUGCGGUCGCGUGGACGAGGGACGAGCCCGCUGCGCCGCUGGACCUCGCGCCCGCCAUCAUCGCCGACCAGCACGUAUGCGGCACGCGGUUCGUGCUGGGCGCGGAGGCGGCGGGCGCGCUGGCGCAGGGCGCGGCGGCGCUGCUGGCGGGCGGCGACGCGGCGGGCGCGGUGGAGCGCGCGCGCCUGCUGCCGCUGGCGGGCGCGCUGCGGCCCGAGCCCGCCGCGCCGCCCGCGCCGCAGCCGCCCGCCGUCAACUUCGUGCGCCAGCGCGGCGACGCGCUGCUGUCGCACGCCGACAGUCGCGGCGGCGGCGUCGCGUCCCGGUUCUGAGGCCACCGCUGGCGCGGCGUUAUGUCAAUAAACUAAUCCAUGUUACGCUGUUGA